AACCACCUUUUUAAUAAACCAGAACCAGUUAAAGCAAGAUGAGUAAAUAUAACAAAAAAGGAAUCAGCUAAAAUAAAAUUCAAUAUAAUGAUCAUCAUCACCAAUAAAAUUGUUUAUAAAUGUGACUCACUCUCGCAAAUUGUACCCGCUAUUUACCUUUUUUGAUGACCGAGGGCAGUGAGCAAAAUUUCAUCAUAAUAUCAUCUUUUACUAUUGAAUUAAUUGUGGACAGUGUUUCUCAUCAACUUUGAACUACUCAUUUGAUCAUUUUAAUCUCAUUGCUUACACUUUCACCUCUUGAUUAAUACCACCGUCAACCAAUCUCAUCAUCACCAUGAAACGUGCUACCCUGUGUUCAUUUGGAAUCUUGGUUAUUCUUGUUCUUGCCAUGUCACCUGGAAGUGACGGAGGUCGUCGUAAAAUUUUGAUGGCUAAAAAAUUGGCCGCUCUACUUUUACUCAACAAGAAACGUUACAUUUUUGUAGCUCCAUUUCCAUUACCAGUUCCUUUACCAGUAAUAACCAAAGUUAAACAUAUUAUUCACAAAGAAAAGGUGCCAGUUCCAGUUCCAGUUCCAGUUCACCAUCAAGUGACUAAAUAUGUUGCUGUUCCUGUCCCAACGCCUGAAAAAUCGUGGCCAGAAGAUUCAUGGAAGAUGCCUGAAGCAGCAUCUGAAAUUUCCUACAAAGUAACAGAGAAACGUCAUCGUCCAAAGAAUUUGGAUAACAUAUAUUCUGAAUCCUCUCACAACCUCAAAUAUGCCGAAAAGCCCACUUAUUCCGAGACUCCAAUCAAAAUUUCAGAGAAGUCAUUCUUGGAUUCUUAUAAAUUACACGACAAGUCUUACCUCGAAGAAUCAGACAAACUUCCAGAAAGAUUGUAUUCCGAGGAACACAUGAAAUUUGAUCUUAAACCUUAUGGAUCUUCUGCUGAGGAAUCUUACGAAUUACCCAAGAAAUUUGACAUCAAGCAUCUUGACGAAUCUUAUAAAUUCAAUGAAAACUCUUAUUCAGAAGAUUUACUUUCUAAGUUGACCGGAGAUUUGUCUUCAGUUAAUCAUGGAUCAACAGACUAUCUUGGUGAAGCCUCUGAACUCAGUGAAAGCUAUCCAAUGUUAUCAGAAGGCAGUUUGACAGUAAAAAAGAAGAAGUGAAAACUGUCGAUCGUUUUAUUUUCAAUAAUCAGCAUCAACAAAUUUUUCAAGCCAUCUUUUCAUCCAUUGUUCAUCUCUUUUUGUUAAUCCAUAAUCAAGCAACCGCCGAUAUAGCUCCAUCGUCUUGUAAAUAUCUAUCAAUCAAAGCAAUGAUGAGAAGUAGACUUAUGAAUAAUGUCUCUACUCUCAUCACAAUUGCUAUCAAAAUCAUCCAAAGAAGUUCAUACACAACUCUUUCCACAACAAACAAUCAACCACCAAACACAAAUCUACUUGAUUAUUACACUUGAAAUCAAUGUUUUUUUCACGUUUAUAAAUUGUAUUUUUUGUAUAAUUGAAUCUAAUCCAUUAUUAGAUUCGUAUUGCUGUACCUCUACAAAACUACUUAUGAUUUACUCUCUAUUUUUUAUAACUAUUUUUUUUGUUUUGCUCGGUUAUUAGUAACCAAGACAAAUGUAUGUUGACCCUUUUGUUUCCACCUUAAGAACCCAUUUUUUUACGUGUAAAUAGAUCUCAUCUGCUGAAAUAAAAAUUCAUCUCAACACUUUUGUUAAUGAUAAUGUAAACUGAAACUAAA